GCAGCCAAGAUGGCGGCGUACGAGAAGCGGCGGGCGGCCCCCGCUCCGGCCCCGGCGGCGGGCAGCGGGCCGGCGGAGCCGGGCCAGGCGGCGGCCGGCGAGCUGGGGAGCGAGGCGGAGUUCCUGCUGCGGGCCGGCGUCACCGCCAUGGUGCGGGAAGCGUUGCUGAAGGUGCUGGAGGCGCGGCCCGAGGAGCCCGUCUCCUUCCUGGCCGACUACUUCGAGCGGCUGGUGCCGGGCAGCCCCGGCGCGGCGGGGGAGGCCGCCGCCGAGCUACCGGGGCCGCCGCAGCGCCUGGCUCGGGCGCUGUGGUACGUGCGCCUGGCUCACCACUCUCACAGGACGGCCUUCGACAGCAACGCCGGCGCGGCCUACGAGGUGCUGGGGGCCGGCGGGCGGCGGCGGAAGGCGGGCGUGGACGGGCGGCUGUACAGUGAGCUGCUGCGGCUCAUCUGCCAGCACGGGGGAGCGCCGGCGGAGGCGGCGGCCGCGCUGCUGGGCCGCGUGCGCUGCCGCGACCACGAAGCCGUGCCCUUCGACGUCUUCCGCUACGGCGUCCUCACCUGCUUCGUGCUGCUGGAGUUUGCCGCCAAGGCGGACGCGCUCUUCGGCGUCCUGGAUGGCGGCUCGGGCACCGCUGACGGGCGGGUGUGCCAGGCCGUGCUGCGGGCGCUGGAGGAUGCCCUGGGCAUCGGCCACGUCGCUCUGCCCGGCCGCUACCUGGAGGCCGGCUCCAGGCUGGGGCCGGACGGCCUGGCCCUGGCCAUGGACCGGGCGCUGCAGGAGAGGAAGCUCGGCAGCUCCAUGAGCCGGGAGGAGUUCCUGAAGAAAGCCACCGCCUUGUUCGUCGCAAAAGUGAAGCCCGUGGAGUGAGGCCUGGGCGGGAGCAACGCGGACUGCGCCUGCUCUGGCCUCCGCGGCAGCUCCGCACGGAGCCGCUCCCGUGAAGUGGCGCCGGGCCCGGCGCUGAGCUGGAUGGUGGGUGCGGGGGCGGCCGGGCACUGCCUGAUGAGAUUCCCCAUUGCCACGCUCCUGCCCUGGAUCGAGCCGAUGGGUGCCCGGCCCCUCCAGUGCUGGAUCCCUCCCUCCCUGCUGUGCUGCUCCCAGCUGCGGCUCCUGCGAUCCGGCUGCUGUUCGUUAGUAAAUCUUUUUUAGGCAUUAAUGUGGGACUUGCAAGGAGGCCGGUAAGCUGUAGGGCAGCAUUAGUCAUUACAAAUGAGCCAGAAUGAAGUAAAUGUGGGGCUGGACCUCCAGAUAUCCAGCAGUUGCGUCCUAGCCCCGGGGCAAUGUCAUGUCAUGCAGUUUCAGCGGGGCACUUUGUUUCUGUUUUUGGGUUUGUUUCACACCUACCUGUGAAGUGGGGGGCGAUGCUUACCUACCCCCGGCUGUCAGGAUUCAGUAAAGCAUCAUUUUAUUCAGCAAAAUGUUUUAAACGCACAGCAGAUGAGAAACGGCUGGCCGGAAAGGAAACCUUCCCGGGAAGGGCUGGGAGCCAGAGGGGUUCUGCCUCUGCCGGCAGCCGAGCUGUGGGGCGAUGAGCUGUCCCUGCUGCCCCCUCGCUCGGCGCUUACCCAACCGCCUCUGCCCGCUGCCGGCCAGGCUCUGAACAUCAAAGCUCGUUCCUGAGCGAUGACUUCUCAGGCGAAGCUGCAGGGCGCUACGGAUUCGAGAGCGAUUUGGGACGCGGAGCACUGGAUCAAGACGAGACAAACCCCCUUCCCUGAGGUCAUCCUUGGCUUUUGAACAGAGCUGCAUGUUGAACCGUGUGUUAUUUAUUUGAACUUGUCGGUUUUAAUUAUUUAUACUGCGCAAUUAUUGGUUUACUGUGAGACAUUAAAGCUUUUUAUUAUU